AUGCAAGGAACACUUUCUGUACGUGAUCGUUGUGGUGAGCCUGCUCUUUGCAGCAAUUUACCCAAUCGUGAUCAUGUCGCCACCUCAUCUCAUCCACGUGAUCAAGCGAAUUACAACUUGAACGAUGCCAUAAUCGUUUCUAUUCUUGAACGAGACAGAUAUUUAUAUGAUGAGUACUAUUACUAUUGCCAUGCACGUGCUAACGCACCAGAAGAAUACUAUUAUAGACCCCUCCGUAGAAAGCACAACGCAGAUCAACAUCCUCUUUAUGUCUUGGAUAUAAUUUCUAUCAUAUGGAGCUACAUUCCUGAACAGUAUUGGUUGCCCUCUCUUGUGAAUUUAAUGUUAAGCUGCAAGAGUAUUGCCAGAGCAUGUUUAUCAAAAGAGGCCAUAGCAAGUCUAUGGAUGCGAUCACCAGGAUUUCAUGUGAAUUCAGAGGGUUUGAUGACAUUCAUGUUGCGAGACUUGUUGGAAAUUUGUAAAAUGUAUCGAAACGAUUGUGCGACUAUAUUCAAAAAAAAAUUGACCAUCUCUCGUAUUUUGAAACUGUGUACCAAGGGGCUUAGUUUAACUGAGAAAUUCGAAAACGUGACACUCCACAAAAUGUUUAUUUCUCAGAAAUCUCUGAUUGAGCUGCUUGGAAUGCAAAGUAGAAUCAAGUUCUUGUCAUUCGAGGGUUGUAAAACCUUACAAGACGUUGAGAAACCAGUAGUUUUGAAAACACAACAUUUAACUGGACUUUCCUUUCUAAAUUCUGAGAUUUUCUUUCCCAACUCUACAACGUUUCCCAAAACACUCCAGUCAUUAGAAUUUUUUAAUACAUUGUCUGAGAGCGAUCAGGGGAUUACAAACAAAAUUUGGUCGCAAUUGAAAACCUUGAAAUUAUGGUCUGAUACUGAUUUUCUUCAUAAAUGCAGUUUUCAACGGGUGCCUCUGACACAUCUCAUCGUUCCUGGACUGCAAUGUAAUAUCCCUGACUGCGUUGUUGGUUUAACAUUGGUUUCAUUAACAUAUCGUCAACUCCACAAAAAAGCUGAUUCAAUUAAGCAGAAUAUGUCUCCAUUCAAGCAACUUAAGAGCUUAGAAAUUCGAAAAUUGAAAAUUUCUCGAAACAUCCCUUUUGACCAAGUUGUUUGA